GCCAAAAAUCGAUCGUUUCUGCGCGAAUCAGAUACGUGAAAAGCCCCUUGAUCGUCAUCCUCCAUUACGGGAAAAAUAGUUUUUUCGCUUGCUCCGCGGGGCCCCAAACGUGCAAAAAUUGUGAAAUACGAUGGUUGAUUUCGAUCUAAAUGUGGACAGCUUGAUUAAGCGCCUCCUGGAAGUUCGAGGAUGCCGCCCAGGAAAAUCAGUGUUAAUGACAGAGGCAGAAGUACGGGGCUUAUGUCUAAAAUCCCGUGAAAUAUUUCUGCAGCAACCCAUUUUGCUGGAACUGGAAGCUCCACUGAAAAUAUGUGGAGACAUUCAUGGUCAAUACACAGAUAUGCUGAGAUUAUUUGAAUAUGGAGGUUUUCCACCAGAGGCGAAUUAUCUCUUCCUCGGCGAUUAUGUUGACAGAGGAAAACAAUCACUUGAAACAAUUUGCUUGUUGCUCGCCUACAAAAUUAAAUACCCAGAGAAUUUCUUCUUGCUCCGUGGCAAUCACGAGUGUGCCAGCAUCAAUAGGAUUUACGGAUUUUAUGAUGAAUGUAAACGGCGAUAUAAUGUGAAAUUGUGGAAGACCUUCACUGAUUGCUUCAAUUGCCUCCCCAUUGCUGCAAUAAUUGAUGAGAAAAUCUUCUGCUGUCAUGGUGGACUGAGUCCAGACCUUCAAGGCAUGGAGCAGAUUCGGAGGAUUAUGAGGCCCACCGAUGUACCCGACACAGGACUCCUUUGUGAUCUACUCUGGAGUGAUCCCGAUAAAGAUGUUCAAGGUUGGGGUGAGAAUGAUCGCGGAGUGAGCUUUACAUUUGGUGCGGAUAUUGUGACAAAAUUCUUGGGUCGACAUGAUUUGGAUCUAAUUUGUCGUGCCCAUCAAGUCGUAGAAGAUGGCUACGAGUUCUUUGCAAAGCGACAACUCGUCACACUUUUCUCUGCACCCAAUUAUUGCGGAGAAUUUGACAAUGCUGGUGGCAUGAUGUCUGUAGAUGAUCAACUAAUGUGUUCAUUCCAGAUUCUGAAGCCGGGUGAGAAGAAGGCGAAAUAUCAGUACAGUGGAAUGAAUUCGGGAAGACCAUCGACGCCACAGCGUAUACCACCGCCUCCAUCGGUUGCACCAAGCAAGAAGAAAUAAUAUCACAUAGUUCCAUAUUCAUAAUUCAUAUUAAAAUAUUAAUGUUAUACAACAAAAUGAGAAGAAAAAAAAAACAUACUUGCAUCCGUGGAACAUCAUUUGGAAAAAAAAGAUUAGGGUGAAUUCGUGUGCUGAAGGAGACAGAGAGAAAGAAAGAGAGAGAAUGUUUAAGGAACUUGGAAAUUGAAGACAAUGUGAAUGAAGUCUCGGACAUAAAUUGAAAUGACAUAGAAACGUAAUUUUUAGCAAUGACAGAGCUCUCGUCAUUUGUCUAUAAAAUAAAUUUUAUUUAAAUUACGCAUAAAAUAAAAAGAAAUAAAAUAAAGAAAACGUAGUCAAUCGGACAUACCUUCGGCAAAAAAGUUAAAUUGAAUGAAAAACCAAUGCGGUGAUUGGGUGAAAGAAGCUUUAUUUUUCCCAGGUAAACAUUAUAAUGAAAACUCAUAACAAGCAACAUCACUUUAUAUAGCAUUAAUUUGCAAGCUAAGGAGAAAAAGCACAGGAAUGUAAGAACAAAAAAAGUGAAUGAAAAUCGCGAAAGCUCUGAAAAUGUGUUAAAAAAGUGUGCAGUGCAUAUUAAAUAUUACCAUCGCAUCAGACAGGAUGAAGAAAUUGUAUGAAGAUGUAUUUGGAAUGAAAACACUCGAUGGAAGAAUGAAAAGAAAAAAAAAACUUCAUUGAACAUUUUUUGAAAAAAAUCUUACUUGUACAUUGAAAUUUUUUCCUACAGUAGACGAUAUUAGAGAGAAGAAAAGAAAAUUAAAAAUCCUCGUAAAUUCGAAGACGUCAUUCAAUUCCUCUUUAUAUACUUUUUUCUUGAUAUAAAAAAAAUUUCACAAUGUUUAAGCCACUUUUCAUAUUGGCAAUUUUUUUCUAAACUACCUAUAGUUUAACAGACUAAUAUUAAAAAAUAAUAAUAAAAAAAAGUAACGAAAAAAAGAAGAAAUUUCAAAGAAAUUAAUAUUCUUGAUGACAAGUGUUUAAACAAAAAAAAACUAUAUUUAAAGAAAAUAUUGUAGCAAACAGAGAAAAUUUUCAAAAUUUUAGUGAAAGUCUCAAAGAUCGAUUCUUUCACGUGAGAUUUUUAGAGUCUAAAGUAUUCAGACUUGACUCUACAUAUUUAUCAUUGCAUAUAGGAGACCUCUAUAGAAGUCUCAAUGAUUGUCUUCCGAAAAUAUGAUUUUGACUCUUACAACCUGGCCAAUUAAUGGUUACUAUAAUUUUUUUUUUUAUAAACUGCAAAUGAAGAUUUUUUGCAAAUGAUUUAAUAUAAAAUUGUGAAAAAUGUCUAAAUGGGAAAAAGAAUUUCUAUAAAUUGAUUAAAAUCAGAAAAUUUUUGGCAAUUAGUCAGAUUUAUUGGCCUUAGGUGAUGUAAUUGGAAUAAUUUUGCAUGAGGCUACUAUAAGUUUCUUAUUGCAAUGCUAAAUAUUAUAUAAUAAAAUCAAUUUAUGUAAUAUAUACAUUAGAAACAAACUUCGAGUAUAUAUCGCCCGGUCAGAAAAAAAUCUAAUGGAAAAUAAAUGAAUUAAACAAAGAAGAAUAAAAUAAAUAUAUUUUAGUGACAAUAUUGAGAUCAAAUCAGAGGAAAAAAGUCUUAAACUGCGUUUAUAUUUCUUUUUUUUUUCUAAUUUAUACUUUAUCAUCGCUUCAGCACACAUAUAGCUGAAAUAUUCCAAAUUUGCAAUUUUAUCACAAACUGUAUUGCUUCUAUAUUCAUUUUUUUUUAAACUUAAAAACUGAUUAAAGGGAGAUGAAGUUAAUGGGGAAAAAAUAAAAAUGUUAAUUGCAGAGAAGAAGUCAUUGAAAUCCACAUAAUUCAUUAAUAUUUAGGCAUUGAUUGUAUUAAUUUUGGCAUCUCUAUUCGUUGGUAUUUUUGAUUUAAAUUAUAGGGGUGAGGGGGGGAGGAAGGAAAAUUAAAUUUGGAACAAAAAACAUUAGAGGGAGAAAAAUUACACCAAAGAAUAUUUUUUGAAAUUCUAUUUCAUCCCUCAACAAAAAAAAAGAAAAACAAAAAAAAGUAACGCGGCCGGACAAUUGAUUUAAUGGGAUAUUACAAAAUGAGUAUUUCAAAAUAAAAUUUUGAGCUUAAUUUGAAGUGACUGAGGGAGAAAAUGAAAAGGAGUUUAUAUGAUUUUAUUUGGAAAAACUUCUCAGUUGAUAAAUUAAUUGGGAUAAACUAACUUUUAGAGAAUAAAGAAUGAUAAAUUAGUAAUGAGUUUUCCUAUUUUAUACUAGGAAUAAUUGGGAAAGGCCAUGAAAGAUUUGCUCAGAAAUGUAAACAGUGACGUCAUCUUUGCAAUCUUUUCUCAGCUGAUUUCAGUUUAUUCCGAUUAUUUUCUCAAGUGAGGGGUAUUUCCAUACGGAAACAAGUAAACUCCUCUAUGUAUUGUUGAUUAAUUUUGGAAUGUAUUUUUAGGUAGAACAACCUUAAAAUCACUUUGUGUUUGUUGUCAUUUUAUAAUUUACAUUUUGAUUAUAUCGAAAUAAUGCAUAGAUUAAUUUAGUAAUACAUAAAUGCUUACUAAAGAAGAAACAAAACAACUACAGAUAUUUCAGUAAUGCAGUCACUGGGAAAGGCCGUUCUUAAAUAUUUUUAAAUAAUAUUUUGUAAAGAAUGAUAUUUUCCAUUGCCUACAUAAUAAUCACUACAAACAUUAUUAUUAUUAUUCUUUUUAGGAUGGACUUUUGUCAGGGUUUUCGCGCUAUUCAUCUUUCUUUUUCUCGUAUGAGUUUUUUUUUCUUCUAAAAUCUAAAUCAAUAUUAUAAGGAUGAGAACACAAAUUUUUUCAAAAUAAAGUUUUCUUCAUCACUUAAUGCAACAUUUUCUUUUCCAAUUGGAGAGAUUAAUAAAUAAAAAAAAUAUUUUGCUCACUUGCUUCAAAAGUACUCACUCACUUGAAGGGGGGAGGCGAAUCUUUAAGAGACUCGCAUGUAAAGAAGUUUCCUUUUCUUUAUCUCCUGUCGAAACUUUGAGAAAAAGAAAGAAAUUCACACCUUUUGAUAGGAAUGAAGAGUAUAAUUGCUUAAUUAUUAAUUUAAUUAUUAAAUUUAAAGAGAAAAAAUGAAUAUGAAUAUAAUUAAGGAAUGAAAAUUUAAGAGAUGGUCCAUAGAGAUAAAAAAAAAUAUUAUACUAAAAGAGGAAACAAAAAAAAAUCUGGAAAAAUUAUGACUAUUUAACAAGAGAGAAAUAAAUAAAUAAAAUCAUAAACUAGUAAA